AUGAACAAACUGAAAAAUCAAGAUAAACUACCCUCUCAGACCAUAGUCAACCCCAAAGAGAAUGUAAGUGUUGUUACAUUGAGAAAUAAAAAAGAGUUGCUACAAAAUCCUUGUGAGAUAAGUUGUGGGCACAAUGAAAAUGCAGAUUUAGAGACUGAAAGUACAGUACCUAAAUCAGAUAAUAAAUCAACUCCAACACCUGCAUCUACUGAACUUGAUACUUGGAUAAUUAAACCUCCAUUUCCAGAAAAGCUAGCCAAAUCAAAGAAAGAGAAAGAAGAGAAGGAGAUCCUUAAGAGAUUUCACAAAGUAGAGAUAAAUAUAACAUUGCUUGAUACAAUUAAACAGGUACCUCGCUGUGAAAAAUUCUUAAAGGAAUUAUGCACAAAAAAGAAAAAGCUAGUAGAUUACCAAAAGGUUUGUAUGGAUAAAAAUAUUUCUGCCGUGUUUCAAAUAAAACUUCCUACUAAAUGCAAGGACCAAGAAAUGGGUGUAGUGAUUCAAUUGGCUGACUACUCUAUUAUUUAUCCUAAUGGUGUGUUAGAAGAUGUUUUAGUGCAAGUAGAUAAUUUUAUAUUUCCUGCUGAUUUUUAUGUGGUUCCUAUGGAGGAUAAUAAAUCCUCAGAUUCUUUUGAUAUUUUGUUAGGGAGACCCUUUUUAUCUACUGCUAGAACGAAAAUAAAUGUUUAUGAUGGCACACUCACCAUGGAGUUUGAUGGGAAAGUCAUUAAAUUUAAUAUUUAUGAUAAUGAAAAAUACCUUAGUAAUAUUUCUAAUGUGUGUAGAAUAGAUGUCGGUAAACCUCUAGUUCAGCAAGUGCUUAAAUUGGAAUAUGGAUAUGAGUUGAAUACUAAAUUUUGUGAGAAUUUUGAAGAAUCCAGCUCAAUGAAUAUAAAGAAAAAUUUUGAUUGUUUAAAAGAAUUGGUAUAUGAAUUAAAAGCAAAUAAACCAUUACAUCAUAUUGCUUCUAUUGAGCAAUCAACUAAUAUUCAUACUAAAUUUUUACCUUCUAUUGUGCAAGAAAUAAAAGUGGAACAUAAAUUACUGUCCGGUCAACCACCUCCAUUUAUAAAUGAGAAUCGCACUUCAUACAGUUUGAAAUUACCAUUUCAACAAGUAUUUCUCAAGCCAUUUUAUAAAGGGUUCAAGGUGGAACCAAUUAAGGAGAUUACUUUCAAUGAUCCAAUACCAAAUAUCUGA